GGACUGCAGCUUUGACUUUACUAAUUUUUGUGUAAAUAAUUAAAAUAAAUGUUUAGAAAUAGAUGUUUAAAUGUGACUAGUGGACGAUUAUAGUAACUAUAAUGUCAGAGAGUUCAAUUGAGGGAAAGCUGAGAGGUUUGCAAGAGCGUUUAAAAAAUGAAAUGUGUAAUCGAGAGGGUGCUUUCCACAAUCAAGGUGGACUUGGGGCUUCCAGGUCUGGGAGUAGUCGGAGGCCUAGACCCCCCCCAAUGUUUUCUACAAGAGACAUACCAGCUUUUCCACCAAGAUCUCCACAGGCUGUUGAUACUGAGUAUAGAAUGCGGGAGGUCUACAAGGUGAGUGGCAAACUGAAUGUGGAUGGAACAGAAUACAAAUCUCACAUAGAUGACCUGCAGCAGCUGGGUGAGCUGGGCAGCGGGACCUGUGGCCAUGUUGUCAAAAUGCUGCACAGGCCUUCUGGAGCUGUUAUAGCUGUUAAGCAAAUGCGCCGUUCGGGAAACUCUGAAGAAACAAAACGCAUCCUGAUGGACCUCGAUGUGGUUGUCCGAUCGCACGACUGCCCCUACAUAGUGCGUUGCCUGGGCUGCUUCGUGACGGACGCGGACGUGUGGAUAUGCAUGGAGCUCAUGGCUUCGUGUUUUGACAAGCUGCUGAAAAGGCUCGGCGAGCCCAUACCAGAGGUUAUACUGGGGAAAGUUACUGUGGCGACGGUGAACGCGCUCUCGUACCUGAAGGACACGCACGGCGUGAUCCACCGCGACGUCAAGCCCAGCAACAUCUUGCUGGACGAGCGCGGCAACGUGAAGCUCUGCGACUUCGGCAUCAGCGGCCGCCUGGUGGACUCCAAAGCUAAGACGCGGAGCGCUGGCUGUGCGGCCUACAUGGCGCCAGAGCGGAUAGACCCGCCAGACCCCAGUCGGCCGGACUACGAUAUACGCGCGGACGUAUGGUCGCUGGGCAUUUCGCUGGUGGAGCUUGCCACCGGGGUUUUCCCGUACCGGGACUGCCAGAACGACUUCGAAGUACUCACCAGGGUAAUAGCGGAUGACCCGCCUCAGCUCCCGGACGACAGGCAGUUCACACCCGAAUUCAAAUCAUUCGUCUCACAAUGCCUCACAAAAAACUACAGACAACGUCCGAAGUACGCAAAACUAUUGGAACACCCGUUCGUAGUUAAAUCAGCGCGAAGUUCAAUAUCGGUCGGUACUUGGUACGCGUCCUUACCGCUCGUCGGCCACAGUUCGAAGUACAAAGCCGCCUGUGUAUCGAGUUCUACGCAUUCUGUGAAUGUGUCGAGCAAUGGAGUGGAAGUGCCGAAGACGCCUGUGCCCGUCAGGAAUUUCGUCACGAGCUCGCAGCAUUGGACGCCGGAGCAGGCCACGCCUACACCCGGCAGAGCGUGGUGGGCGAACACCGCGAACCCGGGUGGGAGCAGUUCGCAGCCCGCCAGCCUGGAAGCUGAUCUCUCGAGCCAUUCGCCUUACCCCAGACGCAGGACGAUAGAGGCGUGUGCGUCGCCUCCGCCCGCGCCCGCACGCCGCGUGUCCGCAGACAGCCGCUGGAGAGCUUCGCCCGCCAGUUCCGGCAACACGAGUCCCAUAGUAUUACAAAGAUUCUAUCACCAAAGCCAGCAGAGAAGGUCGAGAGUCGAUCUGCAUUCUACGCCCAGACAUCGGAGCCUUAGCCGGGAGCACAGUUCGGGUCGCUCGCCCGAGCCGCCUCCACGCACUGUCCGGCUUCACCACCUCGAGCACCAUAAAGCUAACGGAAGCAUGGAGCUGGAGCCCCCACCACUUCACGAUAGACUGCACCCACCCUCGCCUUUACUACUAAGCAACGACAGGUUAUCGGAAGGGCGGAGCCAAAGUCUAACGCGGGCGGAACUACGGAACGGUUACCGAACCGAACUGACGGCGCCGGUGCAAGCGAAGCACCACCACGACGACCAGGCCAGCCUAUGAUGUAAGACGUAUAUAUACUAAUUGGUGUUAAAUUGCUGCGCUUGCCACUCUACGCCACUUUUUUUUUCGUUUGGGAAGUGAUUGUAUGUUUUAAAAGGUUAUGUACACUGAUAAAGAAGUGCCAUUAGAUUCUUUGUUGUAGCAGAUUCGGCUGUACAUAAAUCUUUGAAGCUAAAGUGAGAGGUCUAAAAGCAAUGCUAUUCUUUUCCACAAGAAACAUUGUAAAGACAGCAAUGCUUUCAGAUCUGUCUAGUUUGACAUCAGAGAUUUGCGAACAGCCCAAUUGGCAGCAAUCUUGGUCGAUUCAAAAUUAAGUAAUUAAUACAACCCGCGAUGUAAAUCUUGAAAUCAAAACCUACUGUCAAAAAUUCAAUAUCAAUUUUUUUUGUAUUAUUUCAACUUUUUUUAAUACGCAUUCAAUUUUCUUUCGAUUAUAUUAUUUUAUAAUUCACGAACAUUCCUUUAUUUAAUCAUGUAUUUCAUUUGCAACAUCUCAGAAAGCGAGUGUACAUAAAUUGAACAGAUAAAUGAGUAUACAAUCAAUUCGCCAUAUCACUAUGUAUCAUUUCCAUAUAUUUGUCAUACGGUUGUCCCAUCAUUGUGUCGAUGUACAUAGGGCUGGUACGACAAAAUGAAUUAUACGCUUAACGCUUUGCGGUUCCGCUUGCGCCAGACGAUAUCACUGUGACAGGAUUAAAAAAAGGAAAAAAUCGGCUUCCGUGUCUACAAAAGUUAUGCUUAAAAGUAUAGAUGUCCAUUACUGCACACCUCCUCUUUACUUCCCGCGGGUGUCGUACGAGGUGACUAAGGAAAUGUACACAGAGAACGU